AUCAGCUGUUUAUUGUCUGGUAAAUACACGUAAAGUGAUCAAAAUUGCAAUCAUCAAUCCAUGUCAGUGCAUCAAAUGCAAAUUUUUAGGCUAAUUGAAUGACAAAUUGUUACAACCGCUUAAAUGGUGCGUAUUCUCUUCCUUCACCCUGAUUUGGGGAUUGGCGGCGCGGAGCGACUUGUAGUGGACGCAGCGCUCGCAUUAAAAUCCCGAGGUCAUGAGGUUAGCUUCUUAACAAAUCACCAUGAUCCAACGCAUUGUUUUAAAGAAACUUCAGAUGGAACUUUGCAAGUUGAAGUCGUUGGCGACUGGUUGCCACGUAAGAUAUUUGGACGAUUCUAUGCGCUAUGUGCCUACUUUCGCAUGAUGUACGCUGCCUUGUAUGCAUCGUUUGUAAUGUCGCGACGUGAAAAUAUUGAUAUAUUCUUUUGCGAUCAAAUUUCUGUUGGUGUACCUAUAUUGAAACUAGCUAAAAGCCGGCCUAAAAUUCUUUUCUACUGUCAUUUUCCCGAUCAAUUACUAAGCGCACGGGAGGGUUAUCUUAAAAGUGUUUAUCGCGCACCUCUAAACUAUUUUGAAGAGUUAACCAUUGGUAUGGCUGAUGUAACAUUCGUAAAUUCCAAAUUUACCUUACGUGUGUUCGGUGAUACAUUUCACCGACUGAAGAUAGUGCCCGACGUUUUAUAUCCAACGUUAAAUACAGAUUAUUUUGACGCAAUGAAAAACCAGAUCUCAGCGAAACAAAGCAAUGAAUUCGGUGUAAAUGGUUGUGAAGACAUUCCACGAAAUGCAUUUGUUUUUCUGGAUAUUAAUCGAUAUGAGCGUAAGAAAAAUCACGCCUUAGCUUUACAUGCCUUCCGUUUAGUGAUCGACUCCUUACCACCUACGGAAGCGAAACGUUGCCGCUUGGUAGUAGCUGGUGGCUACGAUUCGCGUGUUUUUGAAAAUUUGGAACAUUACGAUGAGCUUCGACAGCUGGUGGAUAAACUCGGUCUGCAAGAAAGUGUAUUAUUGCUGCGCUCUCCGAAUGAUGACGAAAAAUUCAUGUUACUUUAUAAAUCAAAUUGUCUUCUUUACACACCCGAUAAUGAGCAUUUCGGAAUUGUGCCACUGGAAGGCAUGUACAUGUCGAAACCAGUGAUAGCUGUAAACAGUGGUGGACCAACAGAGACGAUUGUGCACAACUCUACGGGAUUAUUGUGUGAGAAGCAGCCACAACGAUUUGCAGAAGCAAUGUUACAAAUAUACAAAGACGACGGCCUGCGUGAGAGAAUGGGUGUAAUGGGACACAAGCGGGUACAACAAAAGUUCUCAUUUGGUGCUUUUAGCGACAAACUCAAUAAUAUUGUGGAAAGCAUUAUGAAACCAACCUGGACAAGAAGUAGUAACAUACAAAAAGAUGAAUAAAUACAAAUUGAAUAUAUUAUACUAACUAACAACAUAAUGAGAAAUGCCUGCUACAUUACAAUGAAAACGAACUUUGAAAAUUUGAUCCGAUUGAAAUUUUAUUCGUCGCGACAAACAAUUAUCAUUUAAACAGCAUAAUAAGCUUUUCUUCUUGAAGUAUUAAAGUUUUUUCAGUUCUUUGCAUUUAAUACUAAGUGUCAUACUUUUAAGAAUUCAAUAUAUAUGUAUAGUAAUAAAGGCAAGUUCAUUCGAAAUGCACAUUAAUCCAAA